GAGAGAAAAAAGAAAAUGGAGGAAUUUUUGAAGUUAACCCAUUUGCUGGUGACCGUAUUUCUAUAUACUUUUGCAACUAUGACGGCCUUUCCUGCCAUUCCAGAUAUUACCAUGUCCGCUCUUUGUCCUGAUCAAGACGAAUGUUCUCUCGUCAUUUACUUCACUGGCUUUCAACAAGUUGUGACUGGAAUUGGUGCAUUGUUAAUGAUGCCAUUGCUUGGAAAUUUAUCGGAUAGGUUUGGGAGGAAGACCGUUCUCACCAUUCCUUUGGUUCUCAACAUAAUUCCACUCGGGAUAUUGGGGUAUGGAAGAUCGAGAGAAUUGUUUUAUAUUUAUUUUGUGUUCAAGUGUGUGACAAGCAUCGUUUGUGAAGGCAGCGUCCAGUGCUUGGCCGUUGCCUAUGCGGCCGACAAUGUACCGGAGCACCGGCGAGCUUCUGCAUUCGGAAUUUUAUCUGCCACUAUCGCUUCUGCUUCCGUCUGCGGGAAUCUCUGUGCUCGUUUUCUCUCCAUUUCAUCCACGUUUCAGGCAGCGGCUUCCACGGCGGCUAUGGCGGCUGUGUAUAUGAGGGUUUUCCUUACUGAUUCUGCCCCUAAUUGCAAUCUUUCUGCUCCCUUACUAUCUGGGGAGAACGUAGAAUCUGUUUCAUCUAAAAAGGAAAAAUAUGCUACAGCCUUGCCUUCACUGACGGACCUUUUUUCCUUUUUGAAGACUAGCUCGACAUUUUCACAAGUAGCCGUCGUUGCAUUUUUUAGCAAUCUUGCUGAUGUUGGCCAUCAUGCUUCAAUAAUGUACUAUUUAAAAGCGAAAUUUCACUUUGACAAGGAUAGAAUUGCUGAUUUGAUGGUGAUUUCUGGGGUUGCUUCAAGUAUUUCUCAGCUACUUUUAACGCCCAUCUUGGUUCCUGCUCUAGGAGAGAAUAGGCUACUCUCAGUUGGGGUCUUUUUCAAUUCCCUGCAUAUGCUUCUUCACAGCUUAGCUUGGUCUGCAUGGGUUUCCUAUGGUGCUGCAAUGCUUUCCGUUUUGUAUAUUUUCUGGCAGCCUUGUCUGCAAAGCAUAGUGUCGAAACAAGUUGGUGCAGGCGAGCAGGGUAAGGCUCAAGGAUGCAUUUCAGGCAUAUCUUCAUUUGCCAAUGUUGUUUCUCCAUUUGUAUUCUCCCCUUUAGCAGCUUUGUUUCUAUCUGAAAACGCUCCAUUUCAUUUCCCUGGAUUUAGCAUCAUGUGCGCUGCAUCUGCUGCGAUGACAGCAUUUGUUCAGAGUAUGAUGAUAAAAGCUCCUGCCAAAGCUUGUACCAGCAUCCAUGUGGAAGUUUUAGUUUAGUUCUCGUUCUUCUUCCCCUGCCCAUAUCUUUGUUGUUAUAUAUUGUAAAUGUUUAGUUGUUUAUUCUCAAAAGUUAGCAAAUUGAGGGAUAAGAAAAUGUUUUCUAAUAGCAAUUUGUAAAAAGGCGUUUCUAGCGAGAAGUGUAGUUGUGAACUGAAAUCUGAAGCACUGUGAACUUUUAGGACUUAUUAUGCGGUCUACAAACUCCUUGAAUCAAACAAAGAGUAGAGUUCACAAUUUCACACA